GGGUCGCUGCGCGGGCUGUUGCGAAACGCCUUUCGCCACGCGUAUUUGCUGCAAUCUACAGGACAGAACGGCGACGAACCGUCUCUGGACGCAAGCAUUACUGCGGAAGACGAGAACGGUGCAGUAUACGCGGACUUGGAUUUCUUGUGGCGAGAACCACAGUCAGCAUUAAAGCCUCAUGCAGACGUCUUGCGAAUAAACCAGGCGUUGCCGGAUGCGAAGCAGAGAAACGAUAUUAACUCUCGUGAUCGUGCGGGAUUCAUGGAGCUAAUCUUUCCAGGCCUGGGACGUGGUCGAGGAAGCGGAGAAGGCGUCGUAGGAGAUGAGUUGCAACCAAGGUUGUACAACAAUUACAUCACCGACGACGACUUUUUUGCCGCGCAAGCAAGAAGAGCAAGCGCGGGAAUUGACGAGGCCGUCAGGCGUGACGGUGAACACAACAAGGGCGCGGCUACUUCUAGUAAGCAAAAGGGCAGCGUCUCACGGCGAAGCUUUCGCGUGAUGCUCGACACUCUUCUGUUGCCUCCUGGUGGCGCGGAGCAC